CUUUAUAUAAACCCGUCACCCCCUUCCCCCACGCCUCACUCUCCUCACUUUACUCUCUCUCUCUCUCUCUCUCUUCUAACCAAAUACAAAUCAAGAACGACCUUCACCAGUCUCUCUUAAAACUAAAACUAAUCUUAUGUAUACCUCAACUGCAAGACCUUGUUACUUAGAACAAGAUCACGGUUUGGCUUCUAUAAAGGAUAUGGAAAGUGGUGGUGGUCGUUGUUGCAGAAACGGUGUCGUUUCUAGGUCUAUGACCGUGGGAUACGCCACCUCUUACAGCAGGAGCAGUAUUAGAAACCUUUCUUCUUCGUCGUCGUCGUCUUCUUCUUCUUCGUCCGUUUCGUCUCCCAGAUCUGCAAGAUUCUACGACGCCAGAUUCGAAGAUCACCAACCUCACUUUCUUCAAGCUUGUUUUCUUUGCAAGAAGCCCCUGGCUGAUAACAGAGACAUCUUCAUGUAUAGUAGAUGAAGCGAAAGAGAAGAAAAGGAACAUUUCUUCUUCCAUGAAAGCUUUGAGGAACAAGGAGCAAACAAAAUCUGGCUACCCAAACAAGGCACGAGGCUACUCCUUUCAUACCACAGGGGCAGUUGCUGCCGCUUAAUAAUAAUAAAAGCUAGUUCCAUGGAUCUUGGAUGGAAUAAUAGGCUUCUUUUUUCUGAUGCAGUACUGCUAUAGUGCUAUUCCCUUCGGAAAAGCAAAAAAAGAAACAAGAGAGGAAAAAACAUUGAAAAAGAGAUUGAAAAUUAACCCAAAAAAAAAAACAAGAAUAACAAACGGGAGGUGCACGUUUUAAG